AUGGAUGGAACAUCGUCUCCUCCUCUGAGAUACACAUCUCUUCCCCCGAGUAGCCAGCAACUCGGCCGGUCCUCUCCCGCCCCAAACGGCUCCAGGGCUACACCUCAGCGAAGUCGCAACCAGUCAGACGCGCUCGGUCUACCUGACGAUGAAGCUGCAGAGGUGGAUGAGACUGGACCUUCUACCAGGCGCAGGGUUAGGCCGAGGAAUCAAGCCAAUGGAGAUGUUCCUAUCGUGAAGGAUGCGGUGGGUGAGAGCGUCCAGGAAGCAUUUGAAGCAUUCCUCCGCACCUUCACUGAAGAAAUUGACUUGGCCAUGACCCCUGGCUCGGAAGGCGGCGUCCCAUCAGCUCCCGACGGCGAACUGAUUUACAUUGAGCAAAUCCACACAAUGCGCGAAUACGAACUUACCACCCUAUAUGUCGAUUAUGGCCAUUUGCUGCAAAAGGACGAAGUUCUUGCGGACGCCAUCCAGAAACAAUACUAUCGAUUCCUUCCCUACAUCCGGCGAGCAGUUCAGAACCUCAUCGCCGAGUUUGAGCCUGAAUACCUCAAACUCAACCCCACCUCCGCUGCCACCGACUCCGUCAACCUCCAGUCCCGCGAAUUCAAUGUUGCAUUUUACAAGCUCCCUCUCGUCUCCGGAAUUCGCGAACUCAAGACAGAACGUAUAGGCACUCUAAUGAGCAUUAGCGGCACAGUUACAAGGACGAGUGAAGUGCGACCAGAGCUUCUCUUUGGAAGUUUCAUCUGCGAAGUAUGCGGCGGUCUGGUCAAUGACGUCGAGCAGCAAUUCAAGUACACCGAGCCAAGUCUAUGCCCUAAUCCAACAUGCGGAAACCGUAUAGCCUGGCAACUCCAAAUUGAUACCUCCAAGUUCACCGAUUGGCAAAAAGUCCGCAUCCAAGAGAACCCCUCCGAGAUUCCCACUGGUUCUAUGCCACGCUCCCUCGAUGUUAUUCUCCGGUCUGAACUGGUUGAACGCGCGAAGGCCGGAGAUAAGUGCGUUUUUACCGGAUCGUUCAUCGUCAUCCCGGAUGUCAGCCAGCUGGGUCUUCCCGGCGGCAACGAAGCAAAGCUCCAAAGAGAAUCGCAACGUUCGCAGGGCGCGGGGUCUACUGCUGGCGGAACGGGCGUUACUGGACUGAAGACCUUGGGUGUGCGCGAUCUUCAAUACAAGACUGCGUUUUUGGCAUGCAUGGUCCAUGACGCCGAUGGUCGGUCUGGUACCAACAUCCGAGGUGAAGAAGACGGUGGAGAAAACGAUAGCGAAGCCUUCGCUCGGUCACUCACCGAGCCCGAGUUCCAAGAGCUUAAGCACAUGCUCGAGACCGACCACAUCUACUCUCGGCUGGUUGAGAGUAUUGCACCUACCGUCUACGGUCACGACAUCGUCAAGAAAGGCCUCCUCCUCCAGUUGAUGGGCGGUGUCCACAAGCAGACUCAAGAGGGGAUGCACCUUCGCGGAGACAUCAACAUUUGCAUUGUCGGCGACCCUUCUACUUCCAAGUCACAAUUCCUGAAGUACAUUUGCUCCUUCCUCCCGCGCGCGGUCUACACAUCUGGCAAGGCAUCUUCAGCCGCGGGUCUCACUGCCGCCGUGGUCAAGGACGAAGAGACUGGAGACUUCACAAUCGAAGCGGGCGCGUUGAUGCUAGCGGACAACGGCAUCUGCGCGAUUGAUGAGUUUGACAAGAUGGACAUAUCUGACCAAGUUGCAAUUCACGAAGCCAUGGAACAGCAGACGAUAUCCAUCGCGAAGGCCGGCAUUCACGCGACUCUGAAUGCCCGUACUUCUAUCCUCGCAGCUGCGAACCCAAUCGGAGGUCGAUACGACAGGAAGAAGAGCUUGCGCGCAAAUGUAGCCAUGACCGCUCCCAUAAUGAGUCGUUUCGACUUGUUCUUCGUCGUCCUAGACGAAUGCGACGAGAAGAGCGACCUUAACAUUGCCAAGCAUAUCGUGAACGUACAUCGUUUCCAGGAUGAGGCCAUUCACCCCGAGUUCAGUACGGAGGCUCUGCAGAGAUAUAUCCGCUAUGCGCGGACAUUCAACCCGAAGCUUACUCCAGAAGCGGCGGAUGUCCUCGUGAGCAAGUACCGUGAGCUCAGACAAGAUGAUGCCACCGGAGCAGGGAGGAAUUCGUACCGGAUCACUGUGCGUCAACUGGAGAGUAUGAUUCGACUCAGUGAAGCGAUCGCGCGCGCAAACUGUACAGCCGAAAUCACGCCGGCUUUCGUUCGUGAAGCGUACACUCUUCUCCGACAAUCUAUCAUCCAUGUCGAACAAGAUGACGUUGAACUAGACGAAGAGGAGCAAGAAGCAGGCGACCGUCCACAACGUGCCUCGUCUCAUGUUAACGGAGAUGACAGCCAGGACGUCAACGUGUCUGGCAUGCAAUCUGGUACCGAUGAUCUUUACCACGAAUCUGGAGCGACUGGUGCCCGCGGUACUUCUUCCUCUGCUCCAUCGCGAGCGGGGAGCAUGGCUCCGGGUGCCGACGAUCAACACGCCUUCGCCCAGCCCCCACCACAGCCGAGAAGACGGAUGGUCAUCAGCCACGACAAAUUCAUCACCAUGCGGAGCCUCGUCGUGCUGCACGUAUCACAAGUCGAGCGAGACACCGGGAAAGGAGUGGACAAGGACGAGCUCAUCGACUGGUAUCUUGAGCAAAAAGAAUCCGACAUUCAAGAUGUGGACGAACUUGAAUGGGAGAAGGAGCUUAUCACCAAGGUGCUGAAGAAACUUGUCAAGGAAUCAUUCUUGCUUGAGGUUCGUGGCGAUGUCCAGGAAUCUCUUCCACCCUCUAUGGAGGACAGCAGUGGAAAUCAAACUCUGGAGUCACAAGAAGGGGACUUCAAGGUGUAUUAUAUGGUCCACCCAGCUGUGGACACGGACCUCUCAUCCGCGCCAUGA